AAUAAUAAUAAAAAAGAUGUCUUCAUUAUUAGGCAUCUUCUUGUUCUUGUACUUGUUUUUAUUGUUGUCAUCAAUUUCAGCCAAAAAUAGGGAGUAUAAAUGGAAAGUUGAGUACAUGCAUUGGUGUCCAGAUGGUGUGGAUGGUGUUGUGAUAUCUAUCAAUGGACAAUUUCCUGGUCCAACAAUUAGAGCAAUUGUUGGUGACACCAUUUUUGUUCACCUUACCAAUAAUCUUCCUACUGAAGGACUAGUCAUUCAUUGGCAUGGAAUCUCACAGAUUGGAACACCAUGGGCUGAUGGAGCUGCAUUGAUCUCCCAAUGUCCCAUUAAUCCUGGAGAAACAUUCCUAUACAAGUUUAAAGUUGACAAGGCAGGGACAUAUUUCUACCAUGGACACUAUGGGAUGCAAAGAUCAGCAGGACUAUAUGGUUCACUCAUAGUGGAAGAUGAAAAAGAGGCAUUCCAUUAUGAUGAAGAAUUCAAUUUGUUACUUAGUGAUUGGUGGCAUAAAAGUUCUCAUGACCAACAAAUUGAUCUUUCUUCUAAGCCUUUUCGUUGGAUUGGUGAACCACAGACUUUAUUGAUGAAUGGAAGAGGUCAAUUCAAUUGUUCUCUUGCGACGCAAUUUAGCAAAUUUCCCAUUCAUCAGUGCAAGUUAAGAGGGGAUGAACAGUACGCACCCCAAAUUUUCAAUGUUCAUCCAAACAAGACUUAUAGGCUUAGAGUGGCUAGCACAACUGCAUUGGCAUCACUCAACUUGGCCAUUGAGGGUCACAAAAUGAUGGUGGUUGAAGCAGAUGGAAACUAUAUUCAACCAUUUUUUGUGGAAAAUAUGGAUAUUUAUUCAGGUGAAAGCUAUUCAAUUCUCUUCAAAACUGAUCAAGAUCCAUCAAACAACUAUUGGAUUUCAAUUAGUGUAAGAGGAAGAGAACCAAAAACACCACAAGGCCUUACCAUAUUGAACUACAUUCCUAAUUUUGCUUCAAAAAUCCCAAAUUCACCACCACCUUUGGCACCUCUUUGGAAUGAUUAUAACUAUAGCAAAGCCUUCUCUAACAAAAUUUUUGGCUUGAUGGGGUUGUCUCCUAAGCCUCCUACUCGACAAAAUCGUCGUAUUUUGCUUCUCAAUACGCAAAACAGGAUUGAAGGUUACACAAGAUGGUCAAUCAACAACAUUUCCUUAGUCUUUCCAACUACACCCUAUUUAAGCUCAAUCAAACAUGGCAUAAACAACGCAUUUGACACUAAAUCUCCACCAAACACCUUCUCAAAAAACUACAACAUCAUGAAACCACCACCAAACCCUAAUUCAACAUAUGGAAAUAGGGUUUACAUGUUGAAAUUCAACACUACUAUUGACAUAAUCCUUCAAAAUGCAAAUGCCUUAGGUGAAAAUGUAAGUGAAAUUCACCCUUGGCAUUUACAUGGACAUAAUUUUUGGGUAUUAGGAUAUGGAGAUGGAAAGUUUGAUCAUAAAAAAGAUGUUGAGAAAUUCAAUUUGAAGAAUCCACCAUUGAGGAAUACUGUUGUGAUAUUUCCAUAUGGAUGGACAGCUAUAAGAUUUGUGGCAAAUAAUCCUGGGGUAUGGGCUUUUCAUUGUCAUAUUGAACCUCAUUUGCAUUUGGGCAUGGGAGUUGUCUUUGCUGAAGGUGUUCAUCUUGUUAAGAAUGUGCCUAAUGAAGCACUUAAUUGUGGUUUGACUAGGAAAAUGUUUGUGAAAGACAAGCAUUAAUAGU